CUCUCGAGCAGCUGCUCACAGAACUUGAAGAUUUUCUGAGGAUACUGGACAAGGAGAACUUGAGCAGCACUGCCGUGGUGAAGAAGAGUUUCCUCUCUGACCUUCUGCGGGUCUACACCAAGUCCAGCGGUGGCGAUGAGGAAUAUAUUUAUAUGAACAAAGUGACCAUCCAUAAACAGCAGGGUGACCAGGACAAGCAAGACAAAGGGCUGGAUCGGAGAAACUCCUUGACCAAUGGAGACUCAGGACUGCAUUCAUCCCCUCCUCAGAAGAGCCUGCCAGACCUCCCCCCUCCAAAGAUUCCUGAAACAAAACAACCUCCGGUCCCCAAGAUUGAAUCCCCAGAGGGCUAUUAUGAAGAGGCUGAGCCAUAUGAUGUCUCUGUAAAUGAAGAUGGUGAAGCCGUUAGUAGCUCCUAUGAAUCUUACGACGAAGAAGAGAGCAGCAAAGGCAAGUCAGCAACCCAUCAGUGGCCAUCCACAGAGGCCACCAUUGAGCUGAUGAAGGAUGCCCGCAUCUGUGCGUUCCUGUGGAGAAAGAAGUGGCUGGGACAGUGGGCAAAGCAGCUGUGUGUUAUCAAGGACACCAGGUUGCUGUGCUACAAGAGCUCCAAAGACCACAGCCCUCAGCUCGACGUGAAUUUGCUGGGCUGCACUGUCAUUCACAAGGAAAAGCAAGUGAGGAAGAAAGAGCACAAGCUGAAGAUCAUCCCCAUGAAUGCUGACGUCAUCGUGCUGGGGCUGCAGAGUAAAGACCAGGCAGAGCAGUGGCUCAGGGUAAUCCAGGAGACCAGUGGGCUGCUGUGUGAAGGAGGCAGCGAAGGCAACCAGUACAUCCCAGAUUUGCAGCGCCUCAGUUACCCAAAGGUGGAGGUGUCCGAGAGGUACUCUGCAGCCUCCGAGAGCGGGAGCAGCACGGAUGGUCCCCCAGAGACGGCUGAGAUAAAAGAUGUUAAGAAGAAGGGUACAACUGGCCUGAAACUGAGCAACCUGAUGAACCUCGGGAGGAAAAAAUCCAGCUCCCUGGAUAGCCCAGAGAGAUCCCUGGAGACUUCCAGUUACCUGAACGUGCUGGUGAACAGCCAGUGGAAGUCCCGCUGGUGUCAGGUAAAAGACGGUCACCUCCAUUUCUACCAGGACAAGAACCGCAGCAAACUGGCUCAGCAACCCCUGAGUUUGGCAGGUUGUGAAGUUAUCCCAGAGCCAAGCCCUGACCAUCUCUACUCCUUCCGCAUCCUGCACAACGGGGAAGAACGGGUCAUUCUGGAGGCAAAGUCCUCGGAGGAAAUGGGCCACUGGCUGGGCCUCCUCUUGUCGGAGUCCGGCUCGAAAACAGACCCGGAGGAAUUUACCUACGAUUNNNGGCAGGGAGACCGAUCCCUGCUGAUGGGAUGUCCCGCUGCUGUUCACAGCUUAAUGCAGAGGAAGUUCUCCGAGCCCAACGCCUAUAUCGACAACCUGCCGAAGGGCAGGACGCAGCAGGAGGAGCUGUACGACGACGUGGAUCUGCCAGACCUGCCUGCGGAAGAAAUACCCAAGAGUGAGAGCAAAUUGGAAGGAGACCAAGACAGAGUGUACCUGGAUCUCACCCCAGUGAAGUCCUUCCUACACUGUGCUGGCAAGAAGCCCUGCCAGCCUUCACCCCUCGGCUCACCGUCUUUAGAACGGGCUGCCAGCAAGGCUGCAGGAGAGAGCACAGCCGAGACAGCCCCCGUGGCUCAGGAAGCCGAGCCCUCUUGCAAGGCGAUGGAGACCUCGGAGCAGCAACAGCCAGAGAAGCCGGAGCCCGAUGAGGCACCCCCCCAGAUGCCCACCAUCAAAAUCCAGCCGCAGCAGCAGAACAUCGCCUCCCCCCAGCCCGCCCCCGAGGUGCCAGCAGGGACGGUGACAGCGGGCAGCCCCCAGCUGGUGCCCGCACACCGGCCCAAGAUGCCACUGCCGGCAGCAGCAGUGGAAACCAAGCUGGGCAAGAACAGGACGGAGGCAGAGGUGAAGCGGUUCACAGAGGAGAAGGAGCGGCUGGAGAAGGAAAAGGAUGAAAUCCGGGCUCAGCUCACCCAGCUGCGCAAGGAGAGGCGGGAGCUGAAGGAGAUGCUCACGGGCAGCACAGACAAGAGCGUGGAGCAGAGGCUGAAGGAGAUAGAAGAAGAGUGCAAAAGGAAGGAGAGCCGGAGAGUGGAUGUGGAGCUGAGUUUGGUGGAGGUGAAGGAGAACCUGAAGAAGGCAGAGUCCGGCCCUGUGACGCUGGGCACCGCGGUGGACACCACGCACCUGGAGAAUGCAGCCCCUCGGAUUCAGGCAAAAAGCGCCAGUCCGGCAAACAGCGCAGAGAACUCGCCAGUCAAUUCAGCAACUGCUUUAAAAAACCGGCCUUUAUCCGUCAUGGUGACAGGGAAGGGGACAGUCCUACAGAAAGCUAAGGAAUGGGAGAAGAAGGGAGCUAGUUAGAACCACAUUUUUCAGAGAUGGACUAAAGACUGGAAUUGCCUAUGCGUGGCCAAGGGGAUUCAAUCAUCUGUAGGUGAAGGUUGGGUGUGCAACACAACCACACACCAAGCACCUCCUCCACGCCGCACCAACCGCUCAGACGCAGCAACGGAGUCAACAGCCGCCGAUACGAAUUACCCCAAACGAUCUUGCUCUUUCCAGACAAGUCCCAGUCACGUAGCUAAAACAAUAACAACCAGUGGCAAUCCUCGCAUCAAAUUCCUAACCCAGUUGGUGUAAACAAGAGUGUUACUGUACAUAGGGGUGUUCUGUGUAUUUCUACUCUGAAGGUUUAUCAGUG